ACCUCCCCGCGCGUGCGUGCUGUGCCAAGGCUUCAAGGCGCUGAGGGGAGAGGCGCCCCCGCCAGCUGCGCCGCCGCCUCCGCCGCCGGGACCCGUUAGAGCGGAAGCGCCGUAGCCGCCGCCGCCUUUGCUGUCCCGGGGCCUCUACUUCCCGGCAGGUGGGAAGCGCGAGCCAUGUCGAAACGGCUCCGGAGCAGCGAGGUGUGCGCUGACUGCAGCGGGCCGGAUCCUUCCUGGGCAUCAGUAAAUAGGGGAACAUUUAUAUGUGACGAGUGCUGCAGUGUCCAUCGGAGUCUAGGGCGCCAUAUCUCCCAAGUGAGACAUCUGAAACACACACCAUGGCCUCCAACACUGCUUCAGAUGGUUGAGACCUUGUAUAAUAAUGGUGCUAACUCUAUAUGGGAGCAUUCUUUGCUGGACCCUGCAUCUAUUAUGAGUGGAAGACGUAAAGCUAAUCCACAGGAUAAAGUACAUCCCAAUAAAGCAGAAUUCAUCAGAGCCAAGUAUCAGAUGUUAGCGUUUGUCCAUCGCUUGCCCUGCCGGGAUGACGAUAGUGUAACUGCCAAAGAUCUUAGCAAGCAACUCCAUUCAAGCGUGAGAACAGGGAAUCUUGAAACCUGUUUGAGACUGUUAUCUUUAGGAGCACAAGCCAACUUCUUUCAUCCUGAAAAAGGAAAUACCCCACUUCAUGUUGCCUCCAAAGCAGGGCAGAUUUUACAGGCUGAAUUAUUGGCAGUAUAUGGAGCAGACCCAGGCACACAGGAUUCUAGUGGGAAAACUCCUGUUGAUUAUGCAAGGCAAGGAGGGCACCAUGAGCUGGCAGAGCGCCUUGUGGAAAUACAGUAUGAGCUGACGGACAGACUAGCCUUCUAUCUCUGUGGCAGGAAACCAGAUCACAAAAAUGGACAGCACUUUAUAAUACCUCAAAUGGCAGACAGCAGCCUGGAUUUGUCUGAAUUGGCAAAAGCUGCUAAGAAGAAACUUCAGUCUCUAAGUAAUCAUUUGUUUGAAGAACUUGCCAUGGAUGUGUACGAUGAAGUUGACAGGCGAGAGACGGAUGCAGUCUGGCUUGCCACACAAAACCACAGCGCCCUGGUAACUGAGACAACGGUCGUCCCCUUUCUUCCGGUCAAUCCUGAGUACUCAUCAACACGAAACCAGGGCAGACAGAAGUUAGCUCGGUUCAACGCCCAUGAGUUCGCCACACUGGUCAUUGACAUUCUCAGUGACGCCAAGAGGAGACAGCAGGGCAGUUCUCUCUCGGGUUCAAAAGAAAAUGUGGAGCUCAUACUGAAAACAAUCAGUAACCAGCACAGCAUUGAGAGUCAAGACAACGACCAGCCCGACUAUGACAGUGUGGCGUCAGACGAAGACACAGACUUGGAAACCACUGCAAGCAAAGCAAACCGGCAGAAGAGCCUAGAUUCAGAUUUAUCAGAUGGACCAGUCACUGUACAGGAAUUUAUGGAGGUCAAAAACGCUCUAGUGGCUUCUGAGGCCAAGAUACAGCAGCUAAUGAAGGUGAAUAACAACUUGAGUGACGAGCUGAGAAUUAUGCAGAAAAAGCUUCAAACACUCCAGAGUGAAAAUUCGAACCUCAGGAAACAGGCCACAACCAAUAUAUAUCAGGUGCAAACUGGUUCUGAGUACACAGACACUUCCAACCACUCUUCCUUAAAGAGACGUCCAUCUGCCCGGGGCAGUAGGCCCAUGUCCAUGUACGAGACCGGAUCAGGUCAGAAACCAUAUCUCCCAAUGGGAGAAGCGAGCCGCCCCGAAGAGAGCAGGACAAGACUCCAGCCCUUCCCCACGCACAUCGGGAGGAGUGCGCUUGUGACCUCCUCUUCAUCUCUGCCUUCCUUCCCCUCCACACUUUCCUGGUCGAGGGAUGAAAGCGCCCGAAGGGCAUCCAGGCUGGAGAAGCAGAACAGCACACCUGAGAGUGACUAUGACAACACUCCCAACGACAUGGAACCAGAUGGCAUGGGGUCAAGCCGAAAGGGACGGCAAAGAAGUAUGGUAUGGCCAGGCGAUGGCUUGGUACCAGACGCAGCAGAACCCCACGUUGCCCCAAGCCCCACUCUCCCUAGCACUGAAGAUGUCAUCAGGAAGACUGAACAGAUCACCAAAAACAUACAGGAGCUCUUAAGAGCAGCCCAAGAAAAUAAACAUGACAGUUAUAUUCCCUGCUCAGAGAGGAUACACGUAGCUGUUACAGAAAUGGCAGCAUUAUUCCCCAAAAAACCCAAGUCUGACAUGGUGAGGACUUCCCUUCGUUUACUGACAUCCAGUGCCUACCGACUGCAGUCAGAGUGCAAGAAGACCCUCCCGGGGGACCCAGGUUCACCCACAGACGUCCAGCUGGUCACGCAGCAGGUCAUCCAGUGUGCGUACGACAUCGCCAAGGCUGCCAAGCAGCUGGUCACCAUCACCACCAAAGAAAACAACAACUGACACAGGCAGGGCGCCGCCUCCUUGGUUUUCUAGGCUUUUUAAAGUCCAAUUUCAAAUUCAGAUACAGAACUCUUCAGAUUUCUACAAAAAGAAACAUUUAAUGACGGUUUAAAACUUUUUAAAAGAAAACUCAGUAUUAUUUUUGCAUGUUUUCUAACAAAUUUUCAACUAUUAAUUUAACCCACUUGCCUUAUUUUGUGCCUAUUUGCCAAUUUAGUUUCUGAUGUUUGGCUGUGUUGUCAACUGUUGAGUUGAUCACAUACAUCCAAAAGUAUAGUUUCAUUGUCUGAAAUUUGUGAAAACUUUUCCGUCCCUUAAAACUCCCUGCCUAUGCCUAAAACUAUAAAUGAGAUUUUUUGUAAAACAUUUUCUUGAGAGAGUUUGGCUAAAAAAAAAAAUCAUUUGUUUCCUACCAAGCAUCAUGUAAUAAGUGAAUUUCCCAGCCUACUUCAGAAUAGUUAAGUUUGGGGUAUCUCCAAGCAUGUCUGUAGAGAAAGGACUUUGCCAUUUUUUAAAACUAGUGUCACAGUCUCUCUUGGGAGGAAACAAUGAAUUGAUCCUGUAGGAUCAAUUACAGAAACAAUGAAUUUCUUCUGUUUUACCCUGUUACAUGUUCUAUCAUUUAAUUUUGUUAUCUCAAGCUCCUAUCUCGACAUUUUAUUGUCAUCUUGAAGGCUCCAUGGAAUGAGAUAAAGCAUUCACCUGCUACAGCACGUCUCAUGAAGCCAUGAUCAGGGUAGGAGCUCCACCCACACCACCACCCAUUGUCAGGUGCUCUCCCUCACCCCUAUAAGCCAAACAGUUUGUUCAAAACCUGCAGCAAAGAGAAGUGUUAGUCUAACAAGCCAGAACUAAUUUUGUGCCACCCAUUCAGGAAUCACUGCCAUGAAAUGUAGUAAGAAAAAAUCAUCUACUCCCUGACGUUGUAUUGUACCUUUCAUCCAGUUAGCUUGCGUCUCUAACCACUUACAGCUUGCUCACAUGAGUUGCUUCGCAUUCUUCAUCAUCUUUAAGGACUUCUUGUAAGGAAAGAUGUAUUGUAUGCAAUCAUCUGACUUAGUGUCUCCUCCAUCACCUCACGAGUACUUAAAAAUUAGACAUCAACUUUCUAUAGUCCCCUAGAGAGUAUGCUCCAGCUGGCUGCCUGCUGCCCCAAAGCUCUGAAAGAGUAAGGUGUAAGUGCUGGAACAUGCUCAGAUUGUUUUUUAGUUACUAAAAAGCCCCUUUUUCUUCUGAAUGUUAAAGCAUCUUCCUGUUCCUGCUUACUGCAGCUGUUCUGUGUGUGUGGUUCAAACCCUGAUCUAGGGCUGGUGCUGUGGACGAGUGAAGGGAACCAGGUACACGGCAGUGGGACAGAUGGGACUAAGGGGAGCCCAUGGCCUACCCAGUAGGGGCAGUAGCCACCAGCUCCACUCCUGUUGCCAUGUGGAAAAGUGGGCCUAGGGCGGCCACAGCUUUGGUUUUUCAAGAGACAAGAAACCUAGAUUUUUUUUUUUUUUUUUUGGUGCCAUCUCUCCAUUUAUAAAUGUUGGCAACCAUUUUGAACAUUUUCAGAGACCAUGUGCAGGUGAGCUGUAGCCUCCAGGCUGCCAGCUCAUAGCCCCAGGGCCCUGUAAGCUGUGCAGUGUGAGGGCCUGGCUUCCCCGGACACGCCUGGAGCAGGCUCUGAGCCUUACCCAUAAGGGAGCCGGCCUACUCUGUGCGUUACGUUGCUGUCACUCCUGUUUUUACCCGUAUGUUCUGUCCCAUAGUGGUCCUUCAUUCACAUGAAGAAGACACAAGAAAGUACAAGUUGCCUCAAUACAGCCUAAUAACUAAGCCUCUAUUUUCACAGGACUGAUUCACGCACACCUUUAUAGCUUGACCGUAUGCUGUCAUGAAAGUAGCACCCCAGCGGUGCUUGCUUUACCAAGUCACCGUGUGUGGGUGCUUUUGUCGCAUUUUGCUACACUGUGAGUAGCAUGGGAAAAGGGUCCACAGCUCCAAAAGACUCUUCCACUUGUUUGUCGCACAGCCCUAAGUGCCACAUUGCUGUUGGAUGCUCUGGGGAUGCCUUCUAGAAGGGCACAUGCUACCUUAAGUUCAGGCACCAUCUGAUAGCCUUUUCUGCAGAUUUCGUGUACUUAGCUGACCCUCCUUUUUCUUGCCAACCCCUGCCCCUGCUGUCCCAGGGAGGACAGGCUUCUGUAGAGGCCUCUGGAAGAUGAGCUGUCUGCAGGAGGUGAAGCAGUGUUUUCCUUGGAAUGUUUGAGGACCUGCAAUAGAGGAUGUUGUCUUUAUGGCCCUAGAGAAAGUCAAGGAACAUGGGGACCAACAAAGCAUUUCCAGUUGUAAGAAUAUCUCAGAAGAGUGCUCAGCUAGCCUCCGGUGCCAAAACUCUGAACAGAAGUCCUUCCGCCGGCCCACCACAGCUGGUGGAGUCACGCAGCCAGUGGAGGGCUGCAAUUGUCCUCUCCGUACGUGCCCCGCACAUUUCCUUAGCCUCAUCUGAGAUCUGGUGUCAGAAUUCUCUGCUCCUGUUGGCAAAUCGCACCUUGUCUGAACAUUUGUUCCAGCCACCUUUUGCACAUGGAUUCCAUACCUUGCACUAGCAAUGUCUGAGUUCGGUAACGUCAUUUUUUUACCCUGUAUUCUCAGUGAUCCCUUCCUCCCCGUAUGCCACCCUUCCCCCGAAGCCAAUAGGGCAGAGGUGCACUUUAUGAAACUGGCACUUGGCUGAACAGAAGGAAAAAGCUCUACCCCAAGCUCCUUUCACAGAAAUCGUCAUCUGCCUUGGAAUGCAAAUAGUUCUUAUUUGCCAAAGAACAUUGAAUUGGGCCCAAAGAUCAAACACAGCAUUUCAUGUAAUCGGAACUCUAAACGCACAACUCAGGAGCUGUGCAGGGCUCCUCCAGCGAUUCAGUUGCGGAACUGAGAGCAAAACUCGCCUGUUUUUGUCCUCAGUGGCACCCAUGAGCUUUCUAAUAGUAUAAUUUUCUUUCUUUCCUUCUCCUGGUUGAAGGUAACAUGUGUUCUUAGAAAAGAAAAUGCUGCAUAGAAAAACUGAGAUGCCUUUUAUUCCAACAUGUUUGAUCCUUGUCACUCAUUAUUCUGUACUUUUUAUUGUACAUUGUAUUCCUGUAAUUAUUGUACCCUUUAAGUGUUGUAAAAUCGUUUUGGAAUUUGUGCCUGCUAGUUAUGCAAUAAACAGGCUCUACACGUG